CCACUUCCGGUGGGGCAGAGAGCUGGAAAAUAGCAACGGCUGAUCAGCAGCAGCACAGCUGGGGAAGGAGGAGGUCAGGCUGGAGCUAACGCGAGUCGCUGUGCACGGGAAUGGGCGACGUUUGACUGCAAAGAAGGUUCUCUACAAACUAGGAGAGACGUCAAUGAGUCAUGGAGGACUGCGGCAGCCUCAUAGAGUUUGAUGUACCCGAGUUCAGCAACACCGUCCUUAACCAGCUCAAUGAGCUCCGUCUCCAGGGCAAGCUGUGUGACAUCAUCGUCCACAUUCAGGGCCAGCCGUUCCGUGCCCACAAGGCCGUUUUGGCCGCCAGUUCACCGUACUUCCGCGAUCAUUCUGCGCUGGGCACGAUGAGUGGCCUCUCCAUAUCGGUAAUCAAGAGCCCUGAAGUGUUCGAACAGCUGCUGGCCUUCUGCUACACCGGCCAUAUGGCGUUGCGCCUGCGCGACGUCAUCAGUUUCCUCACGGCUGCCAGCUUCCUCCAGAUGCAGGCUGUGAUAGAUAAAUGCACACAGAUUCUCGAGGGUAUUCACUCUAAGAUCAGCAUCCCAUCGCCUGGAGAAACCGAUCCGGACAGCGAUUGCGCCACCUCAAGGGCUGUAUGCAAUGGUAUAAAAGACAGAGGUAUUUUUGUAAACCCAACGCAGAUUUCGCCACCCUACUAUUCACGCCAGAAUCAUUCAAGUAAGGGGGUGUUGCAGCAAGUGGAGGAAGGACAGUCAGACCGGGCGAGCAGUGAUGGCGUUUCUGAGCAGGAGGCGUCCAUGGAGGUUGAAUCAGAACAGGUGGAACUCAUAGGAAAGGAUGGGCAAGUGACUGACAUCCAUAUCAAGGUAGAGAAAGGGGAACGGCCCAGUUACUCGGACAGCUCGUCGGCAGGUGAUGAUGGCUACCACACCGAGCUAGUGGAUGGCGAGCAGGUGCUAGCUGUUAGCGUUGGAUCUUACGGGCCCAUACAUCCCUCUGCCGGAUAUACCUACUCUGCACUGCCUUCACCAUGUUUUGUCAGCCUGAGUUCCUCCAGUCCCUCUCGCUCCUUGCUCAGCAGCGUCCGUGGUGGUCGCGCCCGGCCAAAACGUCCCGUGCCUCUUCCAGCUGAUUUGCUAUCGCAACUCAAGCCUGGGGCCGAAGAAAGCGAUGGAGCUGCAGCGGACACCGGAUUUGAGAACGAUGUACGGGAGCGAAGUAUUCGUGGCCAGUGGUACCCCUACAACGAACGCCUCAUUUGCAUUUACUGCGGCAAGUCCUUCAACCAGAAAGGCAGUCUGGACCGCCACAUGCGUCUGCACAUGGGCAUAACACCCUUCGUCUGCAAGUUCUGCGGCAAGAAGUACACUCGCAAAGAUCAGCUAGAAUACCACAUCCGCGGCCACACGGACAACAAGCCCUUCAACUGCCAGAUCUGUGGCAAAUGUUUCCCUUUCCAAGGCACACUCAACCAGCACUUGCGCAAGAAGCACAUGAUCUCCGGCACAGAAGUCAACAAUCACACGGACUUGCUGGCAGAGGCACCUGAUGGCCAGAGGGGGGAGCAAGAGGACGCCUCAGAGGGCGAAGUAGCCUACCGAGCAGCAUACGUUGAUGAUGAUGCGUCGACUAAAAACGCAAGUGAAGAAAGUGGCAAGUGUAGUCCAGAAGAAGCCCCUGCGUCCAAAUGUGAUUAUUGAGAAAUACGCCUCAUUUAUUUGGGUGUUUGGCAUAAAUCUUUUCAAGAUUAAGCUCAUCUGUUUUUAAAGAAUGACAAGAAAUAGUGAACCUGCCUUGCGGAUUUUCUACUCGUCCAUUUUUGUGGAAGUUCUUCACAGGACUAAGAUCAAGAGAAUGUUUUUAAGGAGUUUUUCAAAGGGAAGGAGUCCUAUAAUCGGGGAAACAAAUAACAGGGGAGACGAUCUGUGUAUUCAAGGCCUCCUGAGAGUUUUAUCACAUUUUUAUAUAUCUCUCUAUAUAUAUAUAUAUUUCCAUGUUUUUCAACAUAUUUACAGAGUAAUAUAGGCAUGUUGCAAUAACGAAUAAUGUGAAAGCUCAGAUGAGACACUUGUCAUAUCACGCUUUUACCUGACCUAUUUUUGCACAUGUGGCCCGUUGUAGGUCACUCACUCACAAGGAAUGAUUUUUCUGCCAGUGCAAGGCUAAUUGUGACACAUCCGUUCAAUACCUCAUAAUACAACCUCAUUAUACAACCUCAACAUACUCAUACUGGACAGUAUUUUUUAGCUUCUUGUCAACUCCAGCCAGGUUUUACCUCAUAGCAAAGAACCUAAAAGGAGCGGAAGAAGCUUAUCUCGAUAGACACUCUUGUUUUGUUCUCACCGGGUUUGAAUGGAUGCGGUGGUGAAAACCUUGAACAAAACAUCUUCAGUUAUAUAUAUUCCUUAGUGAUUGUACAUGAAUUCUGAAUUGUUCUAGUUCAGUUUUCUUUAGCAGCCAUUUUAUCUAUGUCUGGGUGAAAGUGCUACUACAAGGUGUACCUGUGGUGUGUAUUACAGGAUCAAGGAUCCAGUACAAAAUACUUUUAAAUAAUGCGAUAUUGUGAUUACAGAAUCACAAUCUGUAUCCAUAUAGUGCUAUCCAAUUCAGUAUCGGUGUAGCGUUAACGUUCAAAGCAUAGUUACAAAUAAGUGCUAAAGUUGCAGCCCAAGACGUGUUAAUGUCAACUUUUUGGCCUUCAUGUGUUUGCUAUCAGUUUGGUGCCAUUUCAUUUAUCUUUUCAAGUCAUUUGCAGUUAGUUUUUUCCUGGCGCUUAUGUGGAGGGUGUGCCUUCAAAAGAUGAAACCUUCAAAAUUAUAUAUAAAUAUAUGUUUAGGUGCAGGAGUCAUGCACAUUGUGGAAAUUGCCUUGGGGCCAUACCACCUUAGAAAGAUGGGGGGGGGGUAUUAUUGCAUUGGUUUCCUUACUCGGUCAGUUGUUAAACUACUUUUAAUGUAUUUAGCGGCCUUUAAAGUGCUUUAAGUAUUGUAUAGGCUUUGCUUAAAUUGGACAGCGAUUAUAAGAAGCUCUCCCCUGCUUUUCGCACUUAAUGCAUCUGUACCAACCAAAAGGUUCAGUGUUUCAAGAUAGAAAUUAAUAAUUUAUUAAGAUUGACUUCCUGCAGUUAUGAAUGAUAAAUGGUAUGGAGGUAUAUUAUAUAUGUAAGAGAUACACCCAAUUUGGUUUCCAUACUACAAUAGAACAAUAACUACAUUAAACAGCUAUUUUACACAUUUGGUAUUGUGAAAUGAAAACCCUAGAUGCCGGUUAUCUGUUUCUUUCAGUUUUUGUUAUGGUGUUAGUAGUGCAAAAAACAUACCUCACUUUUUUCUGUUGAAUUGUGGUUAGUUAAGACUAGUUCAUUAAAGGAAUUGUCACAUCCCAAUAUUAAAUAGAUGGGAUUAUGACAUAUCGCCACACUGUCUUGGAUCUUUCUAAUAGAUCAUUCAGGUUAUCUCAAAGAGAAUUGGUAUUUCCUUGUGAGCAAUAUACUUGGUUCAUAUUUUAUAGUGCUCAUUUCUCAUUUGCCUCCCAGUCUGAAGUAUAUAUUUAAAUAAUAGAUUUUGAUGCUAAGACAGAUUUAAACAUGCCCGGUUGUCAGAUUCAAGUGCUUUCAAGUUCUCCCGACAUAGUAUUUAGAAAUAGUUUAUACCUGAACACACCCUUCAUACAUUCAGUUAGCAUAAGUAGGAUUGCCCUUUGUAUAAAGACUGCGGUUUUAUCCCAUAAAGACACCUCCUUCAUUCUGUGAAAUGCAGCCAGCGUCACACCUUUUUUUCUUAAAGUGAAGUAGAGAAUUUAAAUAUGACUUCCAUUAUGGUGCUCAUUCUUGUUUGUGUAGUAUAAUGUUUACUCAUUUCACAUUUGUUUUAAACUACAUGCACAUCACUGUUUCAGUUAAAAAACAACAACAACCUUAAAUAGUAUGAGGCCUUGUAUGGGGCCAAUGAGUACCUUAUAUCAUAUAGAAGAUCUUAGUAGGCCCCGGGAUGUUUUUAAGUCCCCCAUAGGAAUAGUUCACUCAAAAUGAAAUGCUUGGUAUUAUUUACUCAUCCUCAUAUCGUACCAAACUGGUGGAACACAAAAGAGGGAUAAUAUGGGCCUGAGUCACCAUUUACUUACAUUGCUUUUAUGCAGAAAAGAUGCAUAACUAGCAUAAUUUAAAACGCUGCAUAUGCAUGCUGUUUUAGAAACAAUGGCAUGUGCAUCAUUUUAAAAGAGUUGAAGUUAAAACUGAUUUUUUUAUUCUUGAGUGAAUAUCUUUAUGAUUUAACUGAUAAAAGCAGAAGGAAAUGACACGCAUACCCACUUCUCUCACUGUUUCUUCAAAUUCAUGAUUUCUAGUAAAUGAUAUCCGUGCCAUUAAAAUCCACUUGCGUGCUUGCAUUACUGGCAGGGGUGCACGAAUCAUCUUUAAUGGUUUAAUAUAUUUAGCUUUUAACAAAUGAUGCACAGCAGUUUCGAACAAUGAGCCAAAUUUGGUAACUGUGUGAUUCCAGUUAACAAAAGCCAAAAUGCUAAAUGCAGAAAAUAUUAGAUGUGUUGUCCUCAUACUACUGACAGAUCAUGAAACCAUGAAUGUGUUUAGAUUUGCUCUGUUUCUCUAUCAUAUCUAACCAGGCCUUUCAUCUUGCGUAUUGCGCACACGACUUUGGCCUCUAACCAAAGAGCAAACCAAAAAUUGUGACGGGUUUGUGAAGUAGUACGCUGCACAGCCGACUAGAGAGAGAGAGAGAGAGACCAAAACCAAGUCCAACAAAUCUCUUUCAGAAACGUGAAUGGUUCUUUGUCAUAUCCCCAUCACAUGUUUGCUCUGAAACCUGUCACACACAAGGACGAAAUGUAUUUGUUGUCAUUUGAUAGACAUAUCCUGGUCUAUAUUGUUAAAAUUGUGUUUCAAAGAGAAGUGUAAAGUCUAGCUUUUGAUAAACAGGCUUCGGAUGUUGUUUUGUGGUGUAGAGAGGAGGGCAAGAACGCGUUGAGAAGUCAGAUGUGUUUUGUCAAGAAUGUUUGAAAUAUGAUUUAACCCGUGCCUUGCCGUGAAACAAAGGCUAUGUGAUAGGGAUGCAUAACGAUUAAUCGCGAUUAAUCUAUAGCAGAAUAAAAGUUUUUGUUUAUAUCAUAUAUGUGUGUGUGAACUGUGUAUAAUAAUUAUGUAUAUAUAAAUAUGCACACAUGCAUGUAUAAAAAAAGUUAGAUUUUUUUUUGACUGAUGCGACAUAUAGUCUGGAUAAUACGGUGUAUAUAUAAUAUAAUUUUUUUUUUAAAUAUAUACAUGCAUGUGUGUGCAUUUAUCUAUACAAAGUUAUUAUACACAGUUCACACACACACAUGAUGUAAACAAAACUUUUAUUCUGCUAUAUUAUAGAUUAAUCACAAUUAAUCGUUAUGCAUCCCUACUAUGUGACACACAUAGACUGUCAGGAAAAAAAUGGCCCCUAGCUGUCACUGUGGUGGUACCCUUUUUUAAAAAGUACACGUUUGUACCUAAAGAGUUUAUUAUGGUACAUAUUGGUACCAAAUGUAUACAUAUCUGUACCAAAAUGGUACAUAUUAGUACCUUUUUUAAGGUUGCUGCCCCAGUGACAGCUACAGUAGGUACUAUUUUUCUUUCGGUGUACCUUACAGGUUAUGGGAAUGAGAUUAAGAAAUUCUGCAAAAACAGGGAAAUUUGUUUUUAUGUAUGUAUCGGUGUAGUCUGGGCUUUUGAAUAUUGACCUAAUGGUAAUGUUUAUAAAGUAACAUGUCGAUUAAUUAGGUCGUAAGGGUUCUCCUUGUAUAGUUUGGAUUUUGAGUAAGUUUUUUGUUACCUGGGGACAUCCCAUUUGCAGGGGAUUGAUAUGCAUUGAUAUUAUAAAUAAAGCAACAGAGAUUUAGCAUCAGAAGCAUUAUGCAGUUUUGACAGCAGGAUAAUAUACUAAAAUAAAAUGGGACAAUCAGACGGCUUCAAAAUAUAGAAGCUUCCUCUUCGAAAAAAAGUAGUUUUUUGUUGAUUUUUGCCUGGCUAUAGUAGUCUUGGAAUAAUGACACUUUCAGGUUAGCAGAUCUCUAUAUCAUAUAUAUUGUUUGAUGUCUAUGGGGGGUUAGGAAAUUGCAUGCCGGCCCACUUACUGCUAAGGUAGAAUUGCAUGGUGCCCUUCACAUUGUUAUGGAAAUACAGAAGAUCAUUUGUUUUUGUCUUAAAACUUAAAACAGAGAUUUUCUUCAUCUGGCAUGCACUUAAUAAUAACCUUAUAGAGACCUUAAUGAUUAUUACUUUUUUGUUGUUGAUAAAAUUGUAUUCCAUAAGGGAUUGAUUUACCAUGUAAUACUCCCAACUUAUGGGACUCAUAAAGCCUCAAAUAUUUUAUUGCUUGGGAUGUGUUUCCCUGUAAUGGUGCUUUACAACUGGUCAGGUUUUUUAAUAAUUUAAUCAAAAAGAUGUUAAAUUGUGAUAUAGGGGUUAACAUACACUUGUUAAUGAUUUUAUGAAUUGUACUAAUAGCGUCUAGAGAGCGUCUACUAGAGACUCAUGGCUCAUAUUCACUCAUUCUCUUCACAUUAAAACCAGUUCUGUUUGUGCCAUGCACAGUAAUCAAAUAGAAGUGUUUACAGGAUAGGCUGUUGGACUACUUUUUGAUUGUGCAGCUGGUCCUUUUUAACUAUUAAUACUGACUUACUUCAGGUAGUUUAUGAACACUGAUAUAUAUAUAUAUAUAUAUAUAUAUAUAUAUAU